CCCCACCAGCCUGUUUGCCUCGCGCUGCGGUCCGCGAAGGCGCGUACGUCGUCAAAAUGGCGUUGAACCCGACCCUCCCCACUGAGGACAUUACCCUCUAUGAUUUUAUGUUCAAUCGUCCAUUUGGGAACAAUCCCUGGUUUCUGGAUGCCAUUACUGGUGAUGCUCGCACGGGCACCGAUCUCAAAGAACGUGUCAACGCUCUAGCAUUGGGUCUUCAAAAGCACUUGGGUCUUUCUUAUGCAUCGACACGUCGUAAUGAUCCCAAUUAUACCAUUGGACCCGUAGUCAGUCUUGUGUCUACCAAUGAUGUUGACUUUGGCACUGUUAUCUGGGCCAGUCACCUCCUCGGCGCCACCGUCGCGCCAAGCAAUGCGGUGCUACGUCUAUCUGGUGCACAAGUUAUCUUCGCUCACCCAACAACUCUUGAACGAUCUUUGACGGCGGCUCGCGCCGUGGGGAUCAAGGAUGAGUGUGUGAUCGUCUUAGCCCGAGGGAGGUGGGUGGACCUCUACAGUGAAGGAGUCCACGUUGCAAAGACGUACAGUGUUGAUGAUCAAGCAGAAGCCCUCUACACGAUUGAUGAACUAAUCGCUGGUCUUCCUAAGGCCGUGGUAGUGCCCCACCGUGCCGUCAUCGCCAACGUCCUUCAAGUUUCAGCUUCUGCCAUCCCGAGAGAACGCGCCGCUCCAGGGGAUAAAUCCCUCGGUGUCAUCCCGCUUUCACACAUGUACGGACUCCUAACACUCGUGCACCUGUGCCCGUACCUUGUUCUUGAACAUUGUGGGGCUCUCAAGAUCAACCACCUGUUCCUCGCUCCUCCUCUUAUCAAUGCCUUUAUCAGGCACCCGGCCGCUCAGGGCCGCGACUUUUCCUACUUCAAAUCGUGCUUGGUAGCUGCUGCACCCCUUGAUGCUGAGCGGGAGAUUGCUUUCAAGGCGCUCGCGGGUCCGGAGUUGGUCCUGGGACAGGUGUUUGGUAUGACUGAGACGGUACCCGGUCUUAUUACUGGGUUGCCCGUCGGCGAGAAGCCAGUGUCGGGUUCUGUCGGUCGUUUACUUCCCCUAACCGACGCCAAAAUCACGGACCCUGAAGGCAAUGUGGUCGGAAUUGGCAGGCGAGGAGAGCUGCGUAUCAAAGGGCCACAACUCUGCUUGGGGUAUUUGGACAACGAGAGAGCCACUGUGGAAGCCUUUGAUAGCGAGGGAUACCUGCUAAGUGGCGAUGAGGGAUUUCAAAUUAGUCCGGCUGAGCUCGAAGGUCACCUUCUCAAGCAUCCAUUUGUUAAGGAUGUAGGCGUGGUCGGCAAGCCCGAUGAACGCGCUGGAGAGGUCCCCGUAGCAUUCGUCGUAUUGAGUGAUGCUGGUCAAGAGGCAUAUAGAUGGGGAAGUGGUGGGGUGAAGGAAGCCAUCAAGACUCAUGUUCGUGAACACAAGGUUAGCCCUUUCUAAUCUGAAUAUAAAUGGCUCGGCGACGUCAUCUUCCUCGAGACUAUCCCUAAACUUCCCAGUGGGAAAAUAUUGGCUAGAGAGCUCAAGACAAUGUUU